AUGACGUGCAGACGACCUGGCGCCGAUGUGGAGAUGCUGAACGCGGCGUUGAAAAUUGCUGGGCUACGGGCUGAAGUGAUACAGCAGGAUGUGAUGACCCGCGACAGCGUGGAUUGGGUGUCUAACGGCACGGCAGACCUCACCGUCCAUUCUAUUAUUCAGAGAACGGACCGCAUGUCGAAGGUCGAUUUCACGCUUCCGAUCAAUUAUCUAGUUUAUGGCUAUUUGGUUAAAGAAGUGGAUGACGUGCAGAUUGAAGAUUUUAUCGUCCGCUCGAUUGAGCUGACCAUGUACCCUAUAAUUUUAUUAGCCUUUGCAUUAUCUGCGUUGUUAAUGUGCUUAUUAUCUGGAAACAGGACAAAACCCAGGUUCUAUGAUUGGUGUAUGCAUUGUAUCAUGGUACUGCUGAAGCAGCCGAGUUUGAAGGAGAGAUUCGACCAAAAGACGGCGAUCAUCGUGGCGUCGUGGACGUGGUUCUGCUUCUUUUUCAUCAUCUUCUACGAGAGCUCGAUGAAGAGCACGAUGACGUUGACGGCCAAAAAGGGAUAUAUCUUCAACAAUCUGAACGGCGUUCUCGAUGCCGUCGAACUGCACGGAUGGUCGAUAUUGGGCGAUAAAAGUAGCUACGAUCCGGCUGUAUUCUGCCGGAAUGACGUUCACGACUGCACCGGAAGGAUUGAUAAGUUGCGGCCAAAGUUCCUGCCAAAAGAAAGCUUUAACGCGAGCGAUGUGAUCCAGAUUCUGGCCGCGAACCCAAAAGCCAUCUUCUUUUCGGGGAUUCAGACGGAUAUUUUGCGAGAAGAUGUCGUUUAUUAUGACCGGAGCAGGCGCGUUCUCUUCAUUCGUGACGUCGGUCUACCCACCGAGAUGUUAGCAUUUGCCGUUAAUAAAAAAGCCGGUAAUGUUUGCCGACGUCUCAACGACGCUAUUGGGUCAAUGCAGUCCAGCUAUAGCAAUUUUGCGGGAAGGGCUCGUCUCGGUGUUGUUGCUUUUGUGGGAGAUCAUUUUUCACAAAUAUCAGUUAUCCAACCCGAACCGCGACUCUAUCUUUCGUUGCCCGGGAUU